AUGGCCGACAAGGAACUAACCAAGUCGACCAAACAACGUUGGGGUUGGGGAUGGGGAUGGGGAUGGGGUUGGAGUAGGGGUGGGGAUCAGGGUCAAGGUCAAGGGCAAAGACAAGGUGGGUGGCCUCAGGCUCCAAGUAGUUACAAUCUUAGUCACGGUGGAGAUUGCCCUUUCACUCACAAAAAUAAAACUCUUAGUCGUAAAUCAAAUAAGAUUGUCGUUGGAGGUUCUGCCAAUUGGAAUUUUGGCUUCAAUUACACUGAUUGGGCUCUCAGAAAUGGACCAUUUUACAUCAAUGAUAAAUUAGUGUUUAGAUACGCAGCACCAGUAAACCAAGGACCAGGACACAGUGUAUAUUUACUGCCAGACUUCAUGAGCUACUUAAACUGCGACUUAAGCAGAGCCACGCGCCUAGCAAACACCAACCAAGGCGGAGGCAAAGGGUUCGAGUACAAGAUCACAAAAUGGCAGCCUCAUUACUUUGCUUGUGGCGAACAUAACGGCAUUCAUUGCAAUCUUGGCAUGAUGAAGUUCUUUUUUAUGCCUAGCUUUCGCUACCCCAAUUGAUUUGUUACUAGCUACUUUACAUUAUUCUCCUGCUAGGGAAUUUGAAAGGCAAUGCAAUGCAAUUUAUUAUACUUAAGUUUAAUUAUAUUGGAAUUUCAUCACCUACUGUACUUUUUUAGUAAGUUUUAAUUCUCUUUUUACUGAGAUUGUAUUUGUAACAUGUUUGCUGAAUACGGAACAAAUCAAAGUAGUUCUAAUAUAAAAUAAUGAAAUUUAAAGCUAUAUU